AUGACAUCAUCCUCUAUGUGUGUGCGUUCUUCUUCGGGUUGGUGCUUCUUCCUCUGCAGCAUUCCUGCUUCUUCUUUCUCUUGGCAUUCCUGCUUCUUCUUUGUUCGUUGCUGCUUCUUCUUCCUCCUUCGUGGGUCCUGCUCCUUUGUUGGUUCUUCAUUUGCGUUCUCCUUCGAGCGAAGGCCUGCCGCAUUUGCUAGUAGGCAGCGACAACAGGCACGUGUUGUUGAGGAUUCUUCUAUGGCCGCGAAGAAUUUAAACGAAGAGCAGCAACAACCACCUGUUGAAGAAGUUGUUACUGAUGUUAAGGGUUUUCCAGGCGGACCCCGUGACACUUCAGUUUCGAGAGAUUUUGAAAAUCACAUUGCUCUGAGAGUUUGGAAUGGAGGGGAACGUCCUGAGCUGAAGCUAUCUUCCCAUGGACGGAAGAUGACUAAGUUCGGGAGGCAUGCUCCAGAGAUUGAAGGCCUUGUGGCUGCCAGCGGACUAAGUCCUUUGAUCGCAUGGGCGUUCCACAGCUUCGAGCAAAUUCAUGUCGACAACGUUGUCAAUGUGUUGGUGGAAUUACUCGAGUUCAGCACUGCAAAGGCAAAAGCUGAGACGAUUCAAUGUCAUGACUCUUAUGUUCGACUAUUGUGGCUGCAAGAUGUGUAUCAGAUGAAAACUGAGUGUUGGAUCUACGAGCAUUUCUCGUCUGUUGGUUCCGUCCUAGCUGCCAAGGAUUAUGAUGAGAGGAGACCACGUGCAUGCCGAUGGACCUCUGGCAAGGCACUGCCCACGUCGACUUAUCGCAGGCGUCUAGGCAGACUGACCCCUGACAUUGUGUGUUGA